AUGAGCGGGACUCACAAUGGAGAGUUGCGGGCGCCGUCACGGCAGUCGUGCUGCCAUCGCAGCUGGCCAGUCGUUUUUCUCAUCAUGUCGAUCAUCGUCGUCGUGCUCGCCUUUAUUUGCGUCAUCCUGGGCUUUCUGCACUCCGCCAUCACCGUAAACGUGGGGUUCUUGGGUGUAUACUGCCUCAUCUUCAGCCUGCUCGCCCUCUCCGCAGAGGUGCUGCAGUUCUCAUCGCUCAACGGAGUCCUGUUUGUUUGGAUGAAAUACUUCCACGUUCUUCUCUACUACCGCCCACGUGGCGUCUUCUACAUCCUGUUCGGCGUCCUGCUGCUCGGCACCAGGACGGUCGAGAUCAUCGCCGGCGCCGUGGCCAUUGCGCUUGGUGCGUUGAUACUGCUGGUCAGCAUGGUGGCAGGUAUGCCCGAGUUCGAGGAGGCACCGGAGGAGGAGCCCCAUCGGCGCAACGGCGGCCGCACAUCGAGCGCGGCGGUGCGAGGGACUUCCCCAGGCACCAGGAGCAACGCGAAGACCAAGACCUCCGCCGCGCCGACGGGCUCCAAGUCACACCGUGAGCCCAACGUCUGA